AUGCUGCAGAAGCGGGAGAAGGUGCUGCUCCUGAGGACCUUCCAGGGCCGGACGCUGCGGAUCGUGAGGGAGCACUACCUGCGACCCAGCGUGCCCUGCAACAGCCCGCUCUGCCCGCAGCCAGCCGUCUGCCGCAACGAUGGGAAACUCUUGUCUAGUGACGUGACUCAUUACAUGAUCCCAGAUUGGAAAGUCGUUCAAGAUUACCUCGAGAUCCUUGAGUUUCCUGAAUUGAAGGGAAUUAUUUUCAUGCAAACGGCUUGUCAAGCUGUGCAGCAUCAAAAAGGCCGGAGACAGUAUAACAAAUUGCGAAAUCUCCUGAAGGAUGCGCGUCAUGAUUGUGUUCUCUUCGCUAAUGAAUUCCAGCAGUCCUGCUAUCUCCCUCGGGAGAGAGGGGAGUCCAUGGAGAAGUGGCAGAGCAGGAGCAUCUACAAUGCAGCCACUUGGUACUAUCACCACUGCCAAGAUAGGAUGCCAAUCGUUAUGGUGACAGAAGAUGAAGAGGCAAUUCAGCAGUAUGGAAGUGAAACGGAAGGAGUGUUUGUGAUUUCCUUCAAGAGUUAUCUGGACAAUUUUUGGCCUGAUUUAAAGGCCACCCACGAGCUUUGUGAGUCUAUCCUUCAGUCUCGACGAGAAAGAGAGAAUGAGAGUCAGGAGAGCCACGGGAAGGAGUACCCAGAACAUCUACCCCUGGAAGUGUUAGAAGCCGGCAUUAAGUCUGGGCGCUACAUCCAGGGAACUCUGAACGUCAACAAACACAGAGCACAAAUAGAAGCUUUUGUUCGACUUCAAGGAGCCAGCAGUAAAGAUUCAGGUCUAGUCAGUGACAUCCUGAUCCACGGGACGAAGGCUCGAAACCGCUCCAUUCACGGGGACGUGGUAGUUGUCGAACUGCUCCCUAAAAAUGAAUGGAAAGGAAGAACCACCGCCCUGGGUGAGAAUGAUGGCGAGUCCCCGAGUGAGCCCAUGCCCACAGGCAGAGUGGUGGGUAUCCUUCAGAAGAACUGGCGGGAUUACGUGGUGACAUUUCCAUCCAAAGAAGAGGUCCAAUCGCAGGGCAAAAAUGCUCGGAAAAUCCUAGUUACACCUUGGGAUUACAGAAUUCCCAAAAUCCGAAUUAGCACUCAGCAAGCAGAAGCCCUCCAGGACUUUCGGGUGGUUGUGCGCAUUGAUUCCUGGGAGUCGACAUCCAUGUAUCCAAGUGGACAUUUUGUGCGUGUUUUAGGAAGAAUCGGAGAUCUGGAAGGGGAAAUUGCAACCAUCCUGGUGGAGAACAGCAUUUCAGUUGUCCCCUUCUCAGAAGCUCAGAUGUGUGAGAUGCCAGUAAACACAACCGAAAGUCCCUGGAAGGUGAGUUCCGAAGAGGAACGAGAACGUAAAGACCUUAGGAAAACCCAUCUGGUAUUCAGCAUUGACCCCAGAGGUUGUGAAGAUGUGGACGACACCCUCUCGGUCAGAGCCUUGGAUAACGGCAACCUAGAGCUCGGGGUCCACAUCGCAGAUGUGACGCACUUUGUGACAUCACAUUCUUAUAUUGAUAUUGAAGCUAGAACAAGCCUGUACCAUCAGCAGUCCUGCUUCUUGCUGCUGAAGGUCAUGUGGUAUGCUGUAAGCAUCAUGUGGGAAUUGGAUAAAACCUCCUAUGAAAUUAAGAAAGUAUGGUAUGGCAGAACCAUUAUUCGAUCAGCAUACAAACUAUUUUAUGAAGCAGCCCAAGAAUUACUGGACGGAAGCGUCGACAUUGUUGAUGAUAUUCCAGAAUUCAGGGACAUGGAUGAGAAGAGCCGACAAGCCAAGCUAGAGGAGUUACUGUGGGCAAUCAGAAAGUUGACGGACAUAGCCCGCCACAUCCGAGCCAAACGAGACCGAUGCGGAGCCCUGGGGCUGGAAGGGGUAGAGGUUCGCAUCCAGCUCGAUGAGAAGAAGAACAUUCACAACCUCAUCCCCAAGCAGCCCCUAGAAGUCCAUGAGACGGUGGCUGAAUGCAUGAUCCUGGCCAACCACUGGGUAGCCAAGAAGAUCUGCGAGAGCUUCCCUCGCCAGGCCUUGCUGCGCCGGCACCCUCCUCCACACCAGGAGUUUUUUUCUGAACUCCGAGAGUGUGCUAAAGCAAAGGGCUUCUUCAUAGAUACACGGUCCAAUAAAGCACUGGCUGAUUCUCUGGAUAAUGCAAAUGACCCCAACGAUCCCAUUGUCAACUGGUUGCUUCGGUCAAUGGCUACACAAGCCAUGUCUAACGCACUGUAUUUCUCCACUGGAUCAUGUGCCGAGGAAGAGUUCCAUCACUAUGGUCUAGCAUUAGAUAAAUAUACUCACUUUACCUCUCCGAUAAGAAGAUACUCAGAUAUUAUAGUACACCGACUGUUAAUGGCAGCCAUUUCAAAAGACAAGAAAAUGGAAAUUAAGGAAAAUUUGUUCAGCAACAAAGAUCUUGAGGAAUUAUGCAGACAUAUCAACAACAGAAACCGAGCAGCACAGCAUUCUCAGAAGCAGUCUACAGAGCUCUUCCAGUGCAUGUAUUUUAAAGACAAAGACCCAGAAACUGAGGAGCGUUGCAUAUCUGAUGGGGUUAUUUAUUCAAUUAGGACAAAUGGUGUGCUUGUAUUUAUACCAAGGUUUGGGAUUAAAGGCGCUGCUUAUCUAAAAAAUAAAGAUGGUUUGGUGAUCUCAUGCAGCCCAGAUGGCCAUUCUGAAUGGAAACCAGGAUCCCUUCAACGAUUUCAAAACAAAAUCACCUCUACCACGACAGGAGGGGAAUCUGUUACGUUCCAUUUGUUUGACCACGUAACAGUGAGGAUAUCUGUACAGGCCUCACGUUGCCAUUCUGAUACAAUAAGGCUUGAAAUAAUAAGCAACAAACCAUACAUGAUGCCAGAUACAGAACUUUUUCAGCAGAGUUCCCUCUUGCUAAAGAGUGAUUUAGUGAAAGAAGUAACUAGAUCUAUGGAGGAAGCUCAGCUUGCACAAGAAGUCAAAGUAAAUGUCAUUGAGAAAGAUUAUCAAAAAUAUUGCCAAACAAAGGGAAGAAGCCUGUACACACUUCUAGAGGAAAUAAGAGACCUAGCUCUCCUGGAUGUUUCCAACAGUUAUGGAAUAUGA